GAAACCUUGAAGUCAUGGGUAAGAAUAAAUCUUCCAAGCGACCAGAGGAGACAUCAAAAGAUGAGAGAAAAGAGAACAAGAAUAAGGACACACAAAAACAAAAGAAAAGCAAAGAUGAUUCAAAAUCUCUAAGAAAGAACAGGGCUGAAGAGAAGUCGAAAGAAGUUUCUUACAUGAUAAAAUAUAAUCUUAAGGCUGGAGAGAAAAGUUCAACUCCCAAGCAAACAAAUGGAGCUAAAUCACCACUACAAAUAAACGUCUUUCAGCCACGUCAAACGUUCAAAGUCACAAAAAUACCGCAUGAAACUAAAGCCAGAGUCACAUUUCCAGAAGUCAAAGACACAAAGUUAGCGCAUGAAACGAAAGCCAGAGUCACAUUUCCAGAAGUCAAAGACACAAAGUUAGCCCAUGAAACUAAAGCCAGAGUCAUAUUUCCAGAAGUCAAAUACACAAAGCUAGCGCAUGAAACGAAAGCCAGAGUCACAUUUCCAGAAGUCAAAGACACAAAGCUAGCGCAUGAAACGAAAGCCAGAGUCACAUUUCAAGAAGUCAAAGACAUAAAGUUAGCGCAUGAAACGAAAGCCAGAGUCACAUUUCCAGAAGUCAAAGACACAAAGCUAGCGCAUGAAAUGAAAGCCAGAGUCACAUUUCCAGAAGUCAAAGACACAAAGCUAGCGCAUGAAACUAAAGCCAAAGUCACAUUUCGAGAAACGCCAAACAGAAAGUUUGCGCAUGAAACAAAAGCGAAAAACUCAACAAAGGAAUCUAAGGUCGCAAACGAAAGUUUUAAUAUAAACGAAGGAACCCAGGGGUUCUCAGUCAGCAGAAGAUGCAAGCGUAACAAAACGGCGGCUCUCAAACGCCAAAACGAAAGCAAAGGAAGCGGUGUUGACAACGAAAGCCCCAAAGCAGGAGACAGUCAUAACCAUGAACAAGUCACAAUUGUCGAUUUGAUGCGUGACACCGUUAAAUCUAAACAAGCAGGUGACAAAGCUCGUGUUAAGACUUCAGUUGAUAUAGAGAACGGCAAACAUCCCAUACAGAACGGUAAAAAUCCCCCAAAGAAAGGCAAACAUCCCAUAGCAACAGUGCAAGAAGAUCCACAACCCAUCCCAGGGCGACCCAGGAAUGGGAAAGCUUUAUCGAAUGCUCAUAAAUUGGAAAAAUAUCCUUUACCGGUUGAAAAGUUUUACAAAAGUAUAUCCCCCGAAGAGAUCCGUACUAAACGAAAAGCUAACGCAAAAGGAGGAGAAGAAGAGGCCAAGCCUUUUGUCGAAUUCCGUGUUACCAGGCCAACUUCAACACUUAAAGUGCUAAUCACGUCUACGGACAACAUAGCAGAACACGAUCAUGCAGGUACAGGGGUGGGUGAAUUGUUAAGAGAAAAUCUUACGGGGAAGUCAAAGCGAGCCCUGAAGAAAGAACGUCUUAAAUUCAACAGGAGAGCUAGAACAUCAACAGGAGCCAAAGUACAGAAACUAUAUCUCAACCCCGGGUCUCUUCUGAGCACAACGAAACAAACAAAUGGGACAUCCGCGAGAUCUGUGGGAUCUAAAUCAGACGCAUCCGUCAUUGGCGCAUUUAAAACUGAUUCACUGGAUGGUGGUAAUCCUGCUCGACUGUCAUCGGAUGAUGGGACACGGGAGCCAGACAAAGUUGAUCAGGGCGAGUCCAAGAAAGUUUUUUCAAAAUGUAGGAAAUCUAAUAAAAACAAGACAAAAGAGAGUAAAUUUAAAGGAAGCCCUGUGAGUAGAAAGACGCUUGAAGUUGAAACAGUACAACGUGAGAGUUUGAAACCAGAACAAGGUCUGUCAAAUGUUGAGAAAUCUAAACAAUGUCUGUCUACUGAGAAAUCUGAAACAAGUCUGUCACAUAAGAAAUCUAAACAAGGUCUGUCUAUUGAGAAAUCUGAAUCAAGUCUGUCAGAUACUGAGAAAUCUGAAACAAGUCUGUCAGAUAAGAAAUCUAAAAAAGGUCUGUCAGAUGCUGAGAAAUCUAAACAAGGUCUGCCUACUGAGAAAUCUGAAACAAGUCUGUCACAUAAGAAAUCUAAACGAGGUCUGUCAGAUACUGACAAAUCUAAACAAGGUCUGUCUAUUGAGAAAUCUGAAACAAGUCUGUCAGAUACUGAGAAAUAUGAAACCUGUCUGCCAGAUAAGAAACCUAAACAAGAUCUGUCAGAUGCUGAUAAAUCUAAACGAGGUCUGUCAGAUGCUGAUAAAUCUAAACAAGGUCUGUCAGAUAUUGAUAAAUCUAAACAAGGACCGUCAUAUGCUGAGAAAUCUAAAGAACGUACUUUAAAUGGUGUGAAAUCUAAAUCAAAUAUAUCAGGUGCUGAGAUAUCUAAUCCAAGGGCGUCAUACAAAGUGAUAUCUCAUAAAAUUCCACCUGUUGAUGAGAUGUCAAAUGCAAGUACGUCAAAUGGUGAUGUAUCUGAACCAAGUCUACCAGAUUGUCACAUAUGUACUCCUUGCCACUUAUGCCACUUUAAAUUGAAACCUAGUUUCAAUGUGCAUUCCAUUCAAACGAAAAACUCAAGGCACAAGCAAUAUUGGUUCUUCCAUAAGAGGUAAGCGACGCUUUCUUUAACUUGUGUAAGCAUUUUCUUGAAUUCACGUACAGAAAUAGCUUUAAAAUUAAUCUGUUAAAUAUUCAUAUUGCCCUAUAAUAUUUUGUACUCAUUUCCCCAAAUAUACAAUAUUAUCUCGUUUGUUUAGACCUAUUCGUUAUUCUUUGCCAGACGUAUUCUUAAACAGGGGCAUUGCCAGAGCACUUGUGCGAAAUGGUACAUAGAAUUUUGUAUACCCGUGGAGUCGACGCUCUUAAGUAAAAGCUUCACGCCAGACGAGUGGCAGGAUUACCUGACUGACAGGUGCAAGGUGACACCAAGCAAGAAAUCUCAGCUGCGCAAAAAAGCCCACGAGGCCCAUUUAAGAAAUUUUGAAUGGGAACAUUAAUGAUAUUCUAGUUAUGUAAAUGUAUAAGACCUUUGAUAAAAUGAUUAUAUAAUAUUAAAAGUAUAAAAUUAACUAUUUUAAUUUAAAAAUGAAUGUUUUUAAAAUGAUUGACUGACGUCAAAGUACCUUAUGUCCAUUUAAAGGUAGGUAGCAGUACGCCACGAAAUGUAGUGGUCAAACAGUAACGUCAUCUGCCAUUAUUAUUGGUGAAUAAAUGUAAUUUUUAAUUAAAAAUAAUAUUAAAAAACAAAAAAAACUAACCGUGGUGACGUCACAAUACUGAGUUAUUGAAGACUUUUUAACGACGUUGUCCAUCAAAACAUGACUUGCACUUCGUUUAUGACGUAAAAAUGUUAGUGUUACAACAUGUUUGAAAUGUUACUUGAAACAAAAAAAUUAAGUAAAUGAUAUGAGCAUGUUCAUUGAGCGUGUGAGAUGCUCAGCUUGGAUUGUAACAUAACAUCUAAGCAAACGGUGGUGGCUUCUGAGUUUCGUAUUUCGAGAAGCCACCGUUUGGGAAAUCUCCCACAAAGAGAAUCUAUUUUAAAUUAUAAACGUAUAAAGCUAUAAUAGGAUAGACCUACUUAUAGUUUCGUUUCUGUUCCGCUCAACAUGUAUCAUGAUAUUAGAAGUCCUUUUUUAAAUUUUUUUUAGACAAAAGGCUUUUUAAAAUUAUAUAUAUUUUGUUAAACAUUAAUUUAUUAUUACAUUAAUGAAAAGGUGUAAAUACUUUUAAUUAUAAAUUACGAAAUCACAUGCAUAUUCGAAACAACCAGCAACAAAAAAUGAAUUGUAUGAAUUUAACAAAGUCAAGAGAACCUAACUUUCCAUUAGCAUCCCUUCUGCUUCUGGUCGAUUAAGUGAAGAAAGAGGCUAAACUAGAUGCAACUUUUUUCAAUUUUAUUCUGUUUUUUCUGUUGUUUGUUCGCUGACGAAGGCUACUGUCGACACGUUCUUUGUUUUGUACGUUCCCUUUAAAAGGCUUGACCUUACUUUGUUUUACUUAUUAAAAAACAAGAAGUAAUUUGAAACUCGAAAAUAAUGUUCACAAAAACUAUGGAAACAUUCGUAUUUCCCUUUUAAAGCAAAGGAAAUUUCUUAACGAUCUUUACAUUAACAAUGUGGGCAGCAUGAUGCCCUCUAGAAACGUGAGGUCCUUAGAAACAUGAGGUCCCCUAGAAACGUGAGGUCCACUAGAAACGUGAGGUCCCCUAGAAAUGUGAGGUCCCUUGAAACGUGAGGUCCGCUAGAAACGUGAGGUCCUUAUAAACGUGAGGUCCUUAGAAAUGUGAGGUCCCAUAGAAACGUGAGGUCCAUAGAAACGUGAGGUCCCCUAGAUUCAUGAGGUCCUCAGAAGCGUGAGGUCCCCUAGCAGCGUGAGGUCCCCUAGCAGCGUGAUGCCCUACCCCCACUCCCUAGAAGCACGAGGUCCCCUAGCAGCGUGAGGUCCCCUAGAAGCGUGAGGUCCCCUAGCAGCGUGAUGCCCUUCUCCCACUUCCUAGACGCGUUAGGUCCCCU